AUGCUCAGCACCACCGCUAGGACGCUGGAAGAGGAACCCCAAGCUUUGGCGCCCAGCGGGGACGUACACGGGCCGGAGCUUCUUGGCCGCCAGGAGCCACUGGGCGACCCGCGCGAGCAGCCAGCAAGCCGGCCGCCUUCCCUCCCUCCCGGGCUCGAUCCGGUUCGGUUCGGUCCGGUUCGGUCCGGUCCGAGCAGCUCCGCGCCGCCGCCCCGCCCCGCCUCGCCGCUGGAUGCCGAGCUCGCAGACCCGGAGCGCGGCGCGGGCGGCGGCGGCGGCGGCGAGGGUGGCCGGCCACCGAGAGCCUUGGCACCGGCCAUGCCCGGCUCCACCGGUCACCACGACGGCGGCGGCGAGGACGACGGGCCGGCAGCGGUGACCGAACCUGCUUCGGAGGCCGAGGAGGCCGCGCCCCGGUCGCCACCCGAAGCCGACGACGCGGCCACCGCGCUGCGCCUGGCGCUGGACCAGCUGUCGGCUCUCGGGCUGGGGGGCGCGCGGCCCGCCGAGGACCGGACGACCGGCGACGCCGACGGGCCGCAGGAGUCCGAGCCCGCGCCCCUCGACGGGCCCGAGCCCGGGGCGUCCCUCAUCGUGGCACCGUCUGUGGAACCUCCCGUGGCCGUGGCAUCCCUUGUGGCCGGCACGACCGUGACCGUGGCCGGUGCGCCCCUGACCGGCUCGUCCCUGACCAUGGCACCCUCCGUGACCGUGGCCACCUCGGUGUCUCCAGGUGCUCUGCCUCUGCUGGACUCCGACGUGAGCCCGCCGCCGCCGCCGCCACCCAGACCGUCUCCCCCCGACGUGUUCGCCACCUUCGCGCCACACCCCGCCGCCCUGGGUCCCCCCACGCUCCUGGCUGAGCAGAUGAACGUGAUCGGUAGCCGCAAGAAGAGCGUGAACAUGACCGAGUGCGUCCCAGUGCCCAGCUCCGAGCAUGUCGCGGAGAUCGUGGGUCGCCAGGGCUGCAAGAUCAAGGCCCUGCGUGCCAAGACCAACACUUACAUCAAGACUCCGGUGCGUGGGGAGGAGCCGGUCUUCAUCGUGACUGGCCGCAAAGAGGAUGUGGAGAUGGCCAAGAGGGAGAUCUUGUCAGCUGCAGAGCAUUUCUCCUUGAUCCGGGCAACGCGCAGCAAAGCUGGGGGCAUGUCAGGCACUGCCCCGGGUCCCCCCAACCUCCCUGGCCAGACCACCAUUCAGGUGCGUGUGCCCUAUCGUGUUGUGGGGCUGGUGGUGGGACCCAAAGGCGCCACGAUCAAACGUAUCCAACAACGGACACACACGUACAUCGUGACACCUGGGCGCGACAAGGAGCCGGUAUUCGCCGUGACAGGAAUGCCGGAGAAUGUGGACCGUGCACGGGAGGAGAUUGAAGCCCACAUCACCUUGAGAACUGGUGCCUUCACUGACGCGGGGCCUGAUAGCGACUUCCACGCCAAUGGCACUGACGUGUGUCUGGAUCUGCUAGGGGCAGCUGCCAGUCUUUGGGCAAAAGCACCACACCCAGGCCGGCGUCCUCCCACGGCCACCAGUGGCCUCCGUGGGGAUGGUGCCAUGGGCGUCUCCAGUACCCCUGAGGCCUUCUACACGGGCAGCCGUGGAGGGCCACCUGUGGCAGACUCGGGUCCCACCAGCCCCUACGGUGGCUCAGGCAAUGGAGGCUUCACAUUUGGUGGGGAUGGCCCUGGCGCCCCUUCUGGGGCGGCAGCUUCCGAGGACUGUGACUUUGGCUUUGAUUUCCUGGCGCUGGACUUGACCGUGCCCACCGCAGCCACCAUCUGGGCCCCCUUUGAGCGCACAGGGCCACUGCCGACCUUCAGCGGCUGUCCAGCUGUCAACGGAGCCCCUGCGCCACCAUCCACAGGUGCCCGGUGCAGCAGCGGGGCUGCUACCUCCCCUCGCCAUUCCCCCACCCUGCCUGAACCUGGGGGCCUGGGGCUGGAUCUGUCCCUUGGACGGCGAGGUGCCCCAGAUCCUGUGGGCCCUCUGCCCUGGCGACCCCCGCAGAGCACUUUGCCGCCCUUCUCCACCGCCCCCUCCCUGCCUGGCAGCCCUUCCGCCUCUUCUGCACUGGACACCGUGGUGCCGGAAGGCAGCCGCAAGCCCUCCACAGCCAUCCCAGCAGGGAACAGCUCUGCAUCCACUGCGGCCCCAGGCCCACCCACCACUGCCCUGGCACGUGAGUGCGUGGUGUGUGCUGAAGGUGAGGCCAUGGCCGCGCUGGUGCCCUGCGGGCACAACCUCUUUUGCAUGGACUGCGCAGUCCGCAUUUGUGGCAAGAGUGAACCCGAGUGUCCGGCCUGCCGCACCCCAGCCACGCAAGCCAUUCAUAUCUUUUCCUAGUGUGCACUCGAUGGGGUGGCCAUGUCUCCCCACCGGGCCAUCCCUGGGUAUCUGGGGUGGACGUGGGGGACAAAGGGGUGGGAUGGGCCCCGGGCUGCAGGGCAGUGGGCAGCAGAGGGGUCGCAUGUGUCACAAACCACUUUAACUCCAGUGUCCAGUGCCAGACGUGGAGGCAGCCAGUUCGCUGCCCAGUGGCGGUGUCUCCGUUCUCGACAAGUGACAGUAUUGAGUAGACAGGUUAAAGUAACCCGGAGAGGAAUUCUCUGCUUGCACUUUUUAUUUAAGGUACCCCCUUCUGGGGAGAUCUUAAAAAAGAAACAAACAAAAAAAAAAAAACAUGAUUUUUUAACUUCUCUGUGGCCGCGCCGCCUUGUU